AUGGGCGACAAAUUCGAAUUAUUGAGGAAGACGCCUAUCAAAAGCAGCACCCCGCGCAAGCUGAAGAUACGUGUCAUCUUCUUGGACGGUAGCGAAUGCUUUUUCGAGGUUGAGCAUAGGAUUUUGGGUGCUGACUUUUUCAACAAAGUGUGCGGCCACCUGAAGCUGCUGGAGAAGGAAUACUUUGGGCUGGAGUUCCGUCAUCACACCGGCACCUAUGUAUGGCUGGAGCUGCUCAAGCCAUUAUCAAAACAGAUCAAAAGUAAUGAUCUGGCCUUUCGCUUCAUAGUGAAGUUCUUCCCCCCAGACCCAGGACAGCUGCAGAGAGGAUUGACGAGGUAUUUGUUUGCGCUGCAGGUGAAACAGGACCUGUCUAAUGGAAGCCUUACCUGCAAUGAUAACAGCGCUGCCCUGAUGGUCUCCCAUAUAUUACAGUCAGAGUUAGGGGACUAUGAUGAUGAGCUGGAUGCUCAUCACUUGGAGAAUAAGAAGUACGUUCCAAAUCAGGAGUACCUUGACCACAAGAUCAUGCGCCUCCACAAGAAGCAGAAAGGCCACACCCCGGCCCAGUCGGACGUGCACCUGCUGGAGGUGGCGCGCAAGCUGGACAUGUACGGCAUCCGGCCUCACCCUGCCCACGACGGAGAGGGUAUGAGGAUCAACCUGGCCGUCACACACCUGGGCGUGCUGGUGUUCCAGGUGACCACGGGCAAACAAACAACAAUAAACACACAGAUAAACACAUAAAACACAUAGGAGGAGAACUGAAUGGAAUUUCGGAGCAAACGUCA